ACUUUCCAUCUUUCCGCAAACGCCAUCUUAAUAUAAUUUUGACGGCCUCCCAUAGUCUCAUUUUCUUCCCGCCAAUCUGUUCUACAUUCCUUUCUCUGCACGGUAGGGACACUUAAACUUCAGCUGCUCUGCAAAAAGUAAAUGGAAUUUCAGCUCAGCGGAAAUGAGCUGAAAACCUUCACCCGCUCGAUCACUUGCCUUGCGCGCAUUGGCAACGAGCUCGUCGUUCAAGCAUCCGAUUCACUGCUUACUCUUCUCACACUAAACUCAUCAAGGACUGCCCAUCUGUCUAUCACAUUUAAACCUGAUUUUUUCAAUGCCUACACAAUUUCAGCAGGUCAAGUGAAAUUCAGUGUGCUCUUAAAGGCUGUUUGUUCCGUACUUAGAACACCCUUUGCAAGUAUUGACCAUUUAAGUGUGUCAUUACCUGAUCAUGAUGCAUCCAAGGUGCAGUGGACAUUGGACUGUUACAAUGGUAUCAGGAAAGCCUAUUGGAUUAAUUGCAAUGUCAAUCCUGACAUACAACAGUUAUCCAUAGAUAGAACAAUGCUUCCUAGCAAUUUGGUGGUGAGGCCUCGUGAUCUCAAUAGGUUAUUGUCUAAUUUUCAGGCAUAUCUUCAGGAGAUCACUGUCAUAGCAACGGAACCUUCUCUGUUGCCUCCUGAUUCUGCGAAUGAAAUUGGGGGGAAAUCUGUUGAGCUUAGAAGCUAUAUAGACCCAACCAAAGAAAAUGAUUCAUCACUGCACACACAGUUAUGGGUAGAUCCUACCGAAGAGUUUUUGCAGUAUAGCCACGCUGGAAAUCCAGUAGAUGUGACUUUUGGAGUGAAAGAUUUGAAGGCAUUUGUUUCUUUCUGUGAGGGAUGUGAAGUUGAUGUACGCUUCCAUUUCAAAGAAGCUGGCGAGCCAGUUCUGAUGGAACCAAAGUUUGGUUUAGAUGAUGGCUCCAGUACAAACUUUGAUGCAGCACUGGUGCUUGCAACCAUGCUUACAUCACAGCUUAAUAGUACAAACUCCACAGACUGCCCCCAACCAGCAAACACUUCACGUGGUCAGGCUGAUCAGGAAAGAGGGCCCCAAACAAAUGACCAGUCAAGAGGGAGUAAUCUUGAACCUCAAUCUGAUCAUACCAGAAUUUGGUCUGACCUUUCAGGAAAUGGUGGGAAUGCAGUUGAUAUGCAAGUUCAAGUAGAUAAAACUCUGACUACUAAUGAACAACAAGAAAUUCAGAGAGUUGGUUCCAUUCGGAUAUCUAAAGUUGAUGCUGCAGCAGGAAAUAUGCCUUGUGGUUCUAAUGACUGCCGUAACGUGGAAACAGAUCACAUGGAUGAACCACGAGGUAGCGAAGCAACUGCCACUCGAGCUUCUAAAUACCAUCCAAGUAACUGGGUAGAUGCGGAUGAGGAAGAUGAUGAAGGCGAUGAUGACUCGGAGUUUGUUGUAGACGCAACACCACCACAUCAUUAGUUGUCCCUUGCAAGCAAUCUUUCGAAGGUGGUCUCUACUGUAACUCUGUGUGUAUGCCUCUGUCAUUUGUGUUUUAAUAGCAGUGCCCAAGCCACUAAAGAAAAUUGAGUUCUGCAAAGAUAUAUUCUGUUCUAUGAAUAGUCACCUAACCUAAAAAAUGUCUAAUUGACCAAAUGGUAGAUUUGUAAACAACAUAUAUCUUCCUCUUUUUGGUCAAUCUUUAUUCACCUCAGAUCUCCUAAGAAAAAAGAAAAAUCUCCAGAUUUUGUUGAUCUAGGCUUUCAAUGAUGAUGGCCGGGGCAUGGUGUUUUGAUUUACAUCUAUGCUUAAACUGAGUGGGGUUGCAUCAACUAGUAAAUGAUACACAAAGUUGGUG